AUGGUUGAGAAACAGUUUUCUAAAAGCAUUAAAGUGUUUCAAAGUGAUGGAGGGGGUGAGUUUUCUAGCAUUGUAGGAAGCCUGCAAUAUUUGACACUGACCAGACCUGAUAUAACUCAUGCUGUCAACCUUGCUAGCCAGUUCAUGCAUGUAGAUUGGGCAGGGUGUGCAACAACAAGAAGAUCCACCACUGGCUACAGCAUAUAUCUUGGUGCAAAUUGUGUAUCCUGGUCCUCUAGGAAGCAAAACACAGUUGCAAGGUCAAGUGCAGAGGCUGUGGCAAGGUCAAGUGCAGAGGCUGAAUAUAGAGCCUUGGCUACAGCAAAUUGA